UUCGAGUGGAGGAGGCUGAGGUAGAAUCUCAUAAUUGUGUUUAUUUUAAAUACUAGGAAAAUAUAUUAGGAGCACCUUUAAAAAUAUUAGCAUUUUAAAGCGAAAAGCCCAGCCAGCUAGCGUACAGAUUCAUUUAAGGAUCAAGGAAGCACCUCCUCCUCAGUCAAGUUUUCAACAGUUUCCUCAAACCCUUGUUGUUACGUGACUUCAUAACAAUAAAUAAUCAGUUGCGUGUGAAAGUGUAAACAAAAUACCAGAUUAACUGAUAUUCAAGUGCGAAGGGUGUUGGAUUAGAACUGAAAGUUUCCGAUUAGUGAUUAGUGGCAGUUCUUUCAGGAGAUUAGCGAUAGAACAGUAGAAAAUUGGAAAAUAUGUCGAUACCAAGAGUGUCAGUGGUGCACUAUCGAUUUUUCCCCACAGUCAUGGGUGUAUUCGUGAUAGUCAACGAAUUAGGCCAGACGAUGUAAAUGUAAGCACGUCUUACCCUUGCUUGCUCGUACAGAUAGUUACCCGGCAUGGUAAACGUUUUCCAAAGUUUACAAAAUUACUGAAACAUCUAGAGUGCUUGACUGUACCAACUUCGAAAUCGACACUGUCCAUCAUGCCAACAAUAUGGAAAUAUCACUGAUGACAAACGACCUGAAUGCUGAGUGGAAGUAAUUUCAACGAUUCACAAGUGCUCCAGAUUUGCUCAGAAAGCCUUUAAUUGUGUUUGUGUGUGUUAGGCCAAAAAUGACAGAAGGGAUGUUGACGAAUGCAACGGAUCAACAUCAAACGGACGAACUGAAUUUCACUACAUUCACGGAUUUGUGCCGAUUCUGCUCGAUUAAGAGCGGUCCCGCCAAAAUUCACUUGUUCGAUAAGGAAGCAGAGCAGAGGAAUCUAUUGUUCAAGAUACGUUCAUUGUUACCAACAAAUAUCACAAAGGACGACUUUCUACCGAAGAAGAUUUGUGAAAGAUGUCUUAUAAAGUUGGAGCAAUUGUUUGAAUGGAAGAAUGUUUGUAUACAAACUGAUAGUGUUUUAAGGAAUUACGCAGAAUCAAUGCGGGCCGUGACAGCGACCAUCAACUUUCAGGUAAUACGCGGACAGGACGGCACUGUAAAUAUGGACAAAAUGACCGUUGCACAAAAGAACGCAUAUCUCGAAGCUCAUAUGGCUGUCCAGCAGCAUAUGGCACAAGCAGCUAUCCAAUACAAGCAGCAAAUUCAACGAAACGACAACUCACAACAAUCCAGUGCAAACAAUCAAAACCAACAGCAGCAGGCGCAACAGCAGCAACAGCAACAAAGUGGGCCAAAUCAAACAUCACAAUCGAAUAGUAUGAAUGCAACACAACAUUAUGCAAGUACGAUAAAAGUGCCUCAAAUUAGUUCGUCGAGUUCGGGUGGAGCCGACAGCACAUUUACUGUUCCGGACGAUGUAGGCAUGGGAUUCGAAGGGGGUGUCAGAGUGCUGCAAAGCCUGGGAAGCUGGUCACCCGACAUACCGUAUAAUGUUCCAAAGCCAAAUCUUAUCCCGUUUACAGAACCCUAUGUUGAGGGCGGCUCAAUGCAUCCGGCCAGUCGGCUGAAGGCCUUACAACAAGUUCAGCAAGCUUCGUCGGGGCAGAGGAAAACAAACACUUCAAAAACAACCCAUAAAGCCUUCGAGUGCUCUGUAUGCGGGAAAGGAUUGGCACGGAAAGAUAAGCUAACAAUACAUAUGAGAAUUCACACAGGCGAAAAACCGUACAUAUGUGAAGUUUGUAACAAAGCAUUUGCACGACGUGAUAAACUAGUGAUACACAUGAAUAAAUUCAAGCAUGUCACUCCAACGAACAUCGCUCCCUUGGGCAAACGUCUCAACAACCUGGUGAAGAAAAAAGAGCCUGACACCGAAGACAAUAAGCAAUCAAUUGAACAACAAUUGCAACAACAAGCUGCCGCCGCAACACAUAACAUCGUAGUUAGUGGUCAAGCCCAACAUCCGCAGACCAGCACCGCGAUACCAGGCAUUGUGAUCCCGCAUCAUCACCAACAGCAGCAAUUGUCGUGGACAUGUGAGUUAUGCGGAAGAAUGUUUUCCACUCGCGAUGAGUGGUCACUACACGCUAAAAGUCACUUAGAGUAUUGACAUCAGGAAAGGGUAGGUGGAAAUUCAACUACAACUCCAACAUCGAAUGGCCAGAUUACAGAAAUCCCAGAUCGGAAGGAUAAAAUAGUCAUUCACAAUCAUAUGAUCAUAAAUGCUCCACCUCAUCAGCAACACACCGAGCCGACCACAAUUUACACCAACAAUUCUGGGACAAUAAUCAACAACCACCAACAUCAGAUACCACAUAUAACAGCAUCAUCGACAGCAGCUGCCGCCACCUACUUCCAACCGCAACUCACACAACCAAUCGUCACAUACAAUUCGACAAAUUACUGUCUAAUAUCACGACAGGAUGUUGAUAUCAAACCAGAUCUAAUGUUACACAUACGAGGUCAGAUAUCAAACGAUAAGACAUCGCCAACGGGGAACGUAGUCACCUCGAAUAAUUUGAACUCAAACAACAUGAACGAGAUUACUAUUCAGAAGUCACAAUCCACGCUCCAACACUCUGGCGUUUGUACAUAAGCAGUUGUGUAAAAAGUACCAUUAAAACUAGGAUAAUGUUCAAACUAAAGGAGAAUGUUAGAUAAACAUAUUUGGCAUAUUCGCAAGUAACGCCCUAAUAGAUUAAAUCACUCUCGAGAAUCAAAACAGAAUUUUGUUUUCUGGGCUCCAACUAGUUGAGUUUAUUUCGAAAUUAGCAAAUACACGGCUGCCUGGAACGACCGUCUAACAUCCUCCCAUGUUCUCAAUCUUCUGUAUCAAAUAUGAAGAAUUAUGAUAACUAGAUUUAAGAUAUAGAUACUUCGUAGAUAUUAUUCGAUUUACCCAGAAAAAUACCAAUGGCGCUAAACUUUCAAAAUUUUAUUUAUUGCUAGACUCUGUAGGUUUAAGACAAGAAGCUGCAAAAUAGAAAAAUAUGUACAUAGGGACAUGUAUCAUAUAACAUUCCCAUAAUAUUCAAAAUAUGUUCGUACGUAGGCCUGUUCUCUUUUAUUCAGAAGAAAGGAACAAAACGACUCAUUCAUUGCUGAUUUUUAAAGAUGCGCAUCAACUGUGUUAUAAUCUGACUCGAAUUUACAUUCCCUUUGUUAUUAAUACUAAACACUUGUUUUAGUUGUGCUCUGUGCAAUUGUUUCAUUGUUUUAUUAUUCCCGUUGUUUUUGUUUCUCUAUUACUAUUAUUACAUUUAACUCAAUAUUCUAAUUAUUAUUACCUAUGGAGCUGACAAAUGAAGAAUGCGUGAAAUAUUAUAUUUCUGAAAUAAAACUUACAUAUCCAGAAAAAUAUAAUUGUGUAAUUGCAAGUUAAGUUAUAAACUAUAUGAUAUAAAAUACUAAAAAAUUAACACGGAAAAGUUAUAUAAAGUAAACAUAUUAAUAAGCGUCGCGAAGUUGAAAAAUUAAGGAGAAGUCGAUUCAGCAAAAACAAACUCGAAAGAAAGAAAUAUUACUAAUACCAACAUUGUGCAACUUUCUAUAAUGUAUUGUAAUAAGACAAACAUGAAAUUAUCGGAAUAAAAGUAAGAGAAAUUUGAAA